UGGCAAUGUUUAUCAGCAAAGUGAAAAAUCUGUUUUCGUGAAUUCGAUAGGAAAAUUUAAUUUUUCGUAACGUAAUAGUUUUAGUUGCCUUCAAAAACGAAUAAACCUAUUGCUCAGACAUGUCGUGCGAAGUGAAAUUACUAGCGAAUGUUGAUGAUUUAUGUGAAGUGCAAGAGCAGUUUGGAUUGAAUUCAGAAGAAAAUUGGCUCAACGCUGUUUCUUACUCUUUGUCACCGGCCGGAGAUAUACUUGCAUUUGGUCAUGGUUCCAUUCUGGUGAUACUGACUUCCAAAUGGGAUCGGCAGCGACAGUUGAAUUCGUAUAAAAUCGCUUGGAAAGGUGCGAUUGAUGAUCCAAACUGUUUGAUAACUAGUGUUCUUUGCACGCCUCUUGUAGGACAAGGUAGCUCUCAAAGCAGUGUUGACUAUAGUUAUAUCAUAGUGGGUCUGGACAGUGGCCAAGUGUUGUUCUACGGAGAAAAUGGUACCCUUAUACAUUCGCAAUUGUUCCACCAGGAACCAGUGCAGGCUAUCAAGGCACAAAGUGGUAAACAUAUCAACGAAGAAGUGUAUGUGUUUCAUGCGUCGUGUGUGGUUAUGAUUCAAGGUUCUCAGCUAUUUCCUCUGUUGAGAAGUCUUAAGCAACAGAUUAGUCGUUAUGGUAUCGGAAGUACGCGAGUGAAUGAAACGCUGGAAGGAAUUACCUGUCGGAAGUGGAACUAUGGCAAGAACAUUACAGUGCUGGACGCAGUAGUUGUGGGACCGCAAAAAACCUGCACCUUCGAUCAUCUACUCACGGCGAGCGUUGAGGGUGGUUUCUUCGCAAAGUAUCGCCAUGCACCGCCACAGAACUCGCUGAUAAUUGCAGCGGGCACAAAACCAUACGUUGGCUUUCACUACGCGAAAGAAGGAUUCACGCAACCCGUACUGGCAGACGUGGCACGUGCCGUGGCCAGCAAAAUCAAAUCGGCAUUACCAUCGUGGUUCGGUGGUUCAUCAUCGAUUCCGCAAACUCCGGCAGAACCUCAACUUCCCCCGUCGGAACCACUGGUGUGUCGGUUCGGUCUGUGCGACCUGCAACGUUCGGCCUACUCGGUGUGGGUGGCUCCAAACUUCAUUCUCGCAGCCGUUGCCGAUAAUCUGGGACGGGUAAUUCUGGUCGAUUGCUCCAAAGGAAUCGCCCUGCGCAUCUGGAAGGGCUAUCGAGAUGCCCAGUGUGGUUUCAUCGAAGUGGCAGAGAAGGUAACGAAAGAAUCUGGCCCGAUAAAACAAGACCGUCGCAAGGCGAUGUUCCUGGUGAUCUACGCUCCCCGGAGAUCCAUUCUGGAAGUGUGGUCCCUGCAGAACGGUCCUAAGGUGGCGGCAUUCGCUGCCGCAAAAAAUGGUCAACUGAUCUACAAUACGCACAGUUUCAUGGGGGUUAGCUCAGGGAACAGUAAGGUGAAGUACGGUGGGUGUGGCUGCACAUUUUUCGAUCCCAGUGACUGUUCAUUGAAGGAAAUCAGUAUACCGUUUCAUUGUGCACUAAGCGAUUCAAAAUCGAAGACUGCAAAAGAUUUGCAUUUAUUGAAAAGGCUGAAGAUUUGCUUGAAAUCGGCCGAUGGAGGUGAAUUGGAAGAGCAGCAGGAAGAAAUUGAGAUGUUCAGGAGUUUCGAAACGGACGAAAUUAAGCUGCAGUGUAUAGAAAUGCUGGUCAAGCAUCGGAAGAUUAGGGCGAAACUAUUUCGCAGUGCAGUGGAAAUAUUCGGUGGUUUUGAGAAAGAUGAAAAAGACUCAUCCGAAUCAAAUGAACAACGGAUGAGCCAUUUAAGGGUUGUUUGUGAGAAUUACCGAAAGUUGACGUUGUUUUACCUAUUUCUAACCGAUGAAGGUGAUGUUGGUGAAUCGGAUUUUCAAUGUGAGCAAAUUGUAGCAUCACAAGAAAGCACUGACCCUGCUGAAGACGUAGAAGAAAGUAAAGAUUUGGCAUGUGAGAAAGCCGAAUGUGAUAAUUUUGCAGGGGAAAUUACGGACGAGGUUGUCAAAUUAUCCGAACAGGAACUGGCUUCCAUUUCGAAAUUGUUAGCAAUGAACGGCUCACUUGACGGGCCACCGCCAACGCGAGUUACUUUUGAGGAGUCCACCACCAAAAGCAAUUCUUUCCAAGAAUAUCUAUCCUAUUUCAAUGUUUUCAAUGAAGGCCUUAUUCUACUCAAAGAAGACUCCGCUAGUCUGUACAGUUCUCUGGGCAAAAUCGUCUUCGAAGAUGUGUACCAGCGAAGUGAUUCGCGACUAGUCGGAUUCGUUGGUGCCGCUACGGCUUCCGGAAUCAUUCACGAAGAUUUGUUAAAACUAUUCCUAGCCUUUUGGUUGAGACUUCCUUUUACCUAUCGAGAUAUUGCCGAGUUAAUCGAAGGUUUGAACAAAUUCAACCGAAUACUGCGAAAAAUUUGCCAGUUGGCGAAAGAUAAAAUAAGAUACGAAAAUAACACCAUCUGUCUGUGGUGGCAGAAUGUCCGUGAACAUUUGCUGGAGUCGCCAUGUGCUCUUCGAGGAUUACUGGCAGCGAUCAUGUGUCGCAACGAAGCAUUGAAAUAUGAAGAUAGCAGUGACGAAGAGGAUUACCAAUUUGAAGAAGUAUCUCAGGAAGCCUGCCAAUGGACUUUGCUCAUAGGAGAGCUUGAUGAUGUUGCCGUUUUGGGAACGAUACUUUCCGAGUGCCUAAAGUGUUCCGAAAUCAAGUAUCCCUGUUUGAAGUAUCAGAAACCUGAUGUUAGUUUGAAAGAGAUAUUGAAAGGAGGUCAGGGAAUAGUUGCCGAAAUGGUAGCCAAAUGGGUUGCUGCUAGUGGCAUUGAUCCAGAGAAGUUGGUGAUCGAAGUUCCAGACGAAGCCCUAGAAAAUGAACAGGCAGGAGUUGAGCAACCUGCCCCUAGUGACCGGAAAGAACGAAAGCGUCUUCAGUUGAUCAAACAGAAUCUACUGCAAACUAGUGAAUACGGUGGAAGCACUGAAUCCGAGCUUGAUCCGUUGCUGUACAACUUAAGCAUACUUCGGCAGCACUUUCCGUUCAGCUUAGACAGCGGAACACUUUUAUGUCACCUGGCCUGGGAGUACAUUUGCGACUGGAGCAAAAAUAUGUCGAACAUAAAUUGCCUUUCGGCGGGUCUCACCUGUCUUAAAACAGUCCCACGGCUUCAGUUCUCCAUGAAGCAUGGCCUUUGUUGCAUGAUUUGGAAUGCUCAUCUAAAAAUUCCAUUGGAAGCUACUAGGAAGCUCGUCAAUAAAGUUGGUCGUUUACCGAAGGAAAAACUUUGCCUUCAAGAUAUAGGAAUAUCCGACGCUUUGGUUCCCCAAUUCCUGGAAAGUUGUCUCGAGUUUUUCGAUCACUUUUCCCAAUCCAUCGACCAUGACAAAUUGGAGCUGCGCUUCGAGGAGUUGCUGCAAGAUGGACCAAUUCCUUUGACCGUGCUGGCCGUCCAACAGAACGCCGCCAACAUGGCCCUGCUGAAGCUACAUCACGAAUUGACAACGGUUCUGUUGAUUCUCACUUCGUUCAACGUGAAAUAUCAAAAACCCAUCCAACAAUUCUUCGACGGAAUGUCCAACCAAUCUUUCUUCGCCGAAAUCAAUCGACAGCUGCCGUACACUCUACCCAAAGCCGACUUGCUUCUCAAACGGACCAGGUUCGAGUUCCUGUGCAGAACGAUCACCGCAUCGAUGGACCUGAUUCGAGAGGAUCUGGAGACUGUAUUUUACAACGACCAUAUCACCUGGAUGGAGCGGAUCGAACAGCUAGCCGAAGUUUGGGAAAUCAGCACGACGGAAUUGAAGAAACACCAGAUCGUAGAACUCUACGCCCACGGAUGGGAUGCGUACGCCGAGGAGCUACUGGAAAACAUCGUCCCGGAUCAGGCUCUAGGGAAUCUGUUACUCGCAAUCGCCGGCCGUCGAUUAACGAUUUACACCAAGACCAACCCCCGAGUGUGGGGCCAAGUGGCUGCCGUCGGUCCCCUGCUCACGGACUACCUGGAUACCCUCAUCUCGUCGGAAAAUAGUGGUCCUCAGUUGCGAUUCGCUGAAGGCAAUGAUGCUGCCAACGCAUCGGGAGAAAUUUCCAUCGACAAACUGUCGAAACUGGUGGAAAGAGCAUUCCGUUGUCUGACCUGUUUACAAAUUCCUACGACAGCCAACAACACAACGGCGACAACGUCAACGCCCGCGCUAUCCACCGUCACGGCAUCGUCCAUCCGAACCAGCAGCUCAAGCAAAACCAAAGAAUUGCGAAUCGCCGGCUUGCUGUUCGAUGCCUGUGCCACCAUUAAAGAGCAGAGGUAAUUUUACGCGGUUUACUUUCCUCCAGUAGAAAAAAAAAUCGAUUAAUUUGUUGUCACUCACUUACUCCCAUCGUGAGCUCAAAUGACGCUUCAUUCAAUCUGAUUGGUCUUCCGGUUCUCCACGGGAAACAUUCCCAAAGUUUGUUUGCCCUUUAGCCAUGAAAUAACAAUCUGAUUAAUUACUAGGGAGGUUUGUAAACAAAAUGGUUCGGUCUGACGCGGGCCAUAUUUACAUUACGCCAUUUGCGUGCCAAUUGAACAGACUAAAAACACUUCUCAUUCAGGAAAUUUGGUAAUUACUUUCAAAAUAUUUCCAAUAGUUUUCAGAUUGAAUAAACAAAUUCGGAUUUAGAGAUUUAGAGAUUUCAUAACUUUUAACUUUUGAGUUUACUGUUUCGCAUCACAGUCGUUUUUCCUUGAAUACUCGGUUAAAACGCAUCAAUUAAUGUUUCGCGACUUCUGGUUUCAGAAUUACCGGGUGAAGAAUGUGAAAAAAAAUUAACGUCACAUGAAGCGACGAAGCAAAAGAGGAAUUUUUUUUUAAACUUCCAGUUCCACAGUUCCAGUUCAUAGACCAUAUUUGUUGCUGGCCAUACGAACCAAAUUAGGUUAUACCGGUCUUCUGAAUCCGGUUUCGGGAAUAUCGAAAUUAGUGGUCAAAAACUGCAAAAAGGAUCUCACUUAAUUUUCCCCAAGACGGCUAAACCGAUUUUCAAAAAUUUAAAUUCAAAUGAAAGUCUUACGGUUUCGUACGGACUUCCUGAAUUUCCAGUUUCGAAGCUACAGGAUGUUUUGAUUUGUAGCUUGUAACAAAAUCUACACCGUCCGGAAAGUUUAAUUAAAAUCUGAAUGGGUGCUGCCAAUGUUUGUUCGAGUUGACGAGAAAUUCGUCUAUUCUAAACCUAAAGCUAGAAAAAUGUCCAAAAAUUCUUUCAGCUGUAACUUCUUUAAUUCAAACUAAUAAAAUUAACAACAAAUGUGGGUUUUAAGUUUAAGACCAUCGUCCAUCUAUCAUCGUUUUCGAUCUAAAGUAUUGGGUUUUAUCGUUUUGUUCUAAAAGUAGGCCAUCUUCUGUUCCAAAAUAACGAGACCGUUUUCUGUAAAACACAAGGCUUCUUCGCGGUUCAGGACAGAUUAAAUAUGGAAUGAAACAAAUUUGCUGUUAGUUCAAUCCAAGAUGCAUUUUUUAUUCAUUUAAUUGUACAUUGGUAGACAUCUGAAAACUAUUUACAUCCUUGGCGAAAAACCGCAUGAUUAAAGUCGAGGUGAAAUAAAUAAUAACUAUUGACAGUUACUGAAUCAGGCUGCAUGAAGAAACUACGAACUUUUGAGAGUACUCCAGCCAUUAGGCUGCUUUUGUGCAAGAUUUUCGAAAUUGUUCUAUAAUUGUAGUUUGCUAUUUAUAUUGACAGAGUUCUCUCUUUACGAGAGCCCAAUACCGCUCGAUAGGUCGCAACUCCGAUUGACCUCUUUCUGUACAACAUACCAUUCCAAAACAUUUGUGGCGUAGUGACAAGAUGCUAAAUCGAGCCAUAAUAGCGAGGAAACAUCAUGACUGCGUAGGAAUGGUGACAUUUGCUCAUUGAGGAAUUCUACACGGUAUGUUUCCUAGUUUACCGUUCUGGCUUGCUCAACCACAGCUACAUAAUAUUUGAUGCCAAACAGCUACAUAAUAUUUGAUGCCAAACCCUGCCUGCCAAACCUAAUAUUUGAUGGGAAACUUGACCCUCUCGUUCCGUUUCAUUGCGUUACAAAAAACAUCCCGUUUCAGCACAUAAGUUUCAUCGUGCAUAAUGAAACAGGAAAACUUCGUCAGAUGUUCGUGAUACAACUUGCGAGCUCGGGUUUCAGCCGUCUUAAUUUUGUCUUGCCGGUGGUAUCACUCUUUCUUUUACAAUAAACUAUUGUACCAAGAAGACCUCCAUUUGGUCCUACGUAAUAUUUGUUUAAUAGUUUAACUGAAUUUUAUCUCUGAAUUUCUCUCUGUUGAAGAGAAAAUUAUUUAUUUUCUCUUUUUUAAGUAUCAAACUAUUUCUUCUUUAACUUGACGGGAAUUCCAAAUUGAGAGAAAAGGUGAAAUCUCUUCGCAAUUUCCAUUUCUUUCAAGAAAUUUUGUGAUCGGAAUCUGGCUGCUGGUCUCUUCUGCAAUAUUUACUUAACCUUCUCGUCCUUCUGGCGAUUCCUGAGAUCCAUUUUGGUUCCACUCCAGACUGUUUUUUUUUUAUUCAAUAAUAUAAUAUAAUAUUAAGGCACACUGCUUAAGCUCUAAGAUGCCAAGGGUAUUUACUAAUCUUAAUUAUCGUCUAACUUAAAACUAGAGUAGUAUCAUUAUGUAAUAUAGUAUCUGGCGAUCGGUAGUGGCCGGUGAAUUGAAUUUAGGAUGAGAUGAUUCCAGAUGGCGAUGGUAAUUUUCUAUGUUGGCCGCAUUCUUCGGUCCGUGAGGAUCCGCGGGAAACACCCCCAGGCUACGAAGGCCCGGCGGGUGGCCCGCAUGCUGGUCAUUGACUGGAGCGGUCUUCCGGUGAUGGUGAUGUUACGGAAGAGAAUGAAAAAAAGAAGUAAAUAUUGUGGGAAACGGGGUAAAAAAAGGGGUGUGGGAACAAAAUGUUUGAAAACGACAGAGAUCUAAUUAGUUGCCAUCGAGAUGGUGAAAAAACAGGGAAAGGGGAACGAAAAAGUUAGUGACAAAAAAAAAGAUCUUGUUAAUUCCAAUGAAGAUGGUGAACAGGGACGGGGAUCGAGAGAAUCGGGCGGAUGUUAGUGUCGAACCUGUAGGUGGAGAUUAUAUUUUCUGAGCGAGGAAUAACACAUUACACUUGUAUAUCAAUGUGUUUGAGGUACUGGUAUAUGAGAAGCAUAUAUGAACUAUCCCGACUCGCCAACACAUCCCGAACCGGCACCUCAGGCGGUCUACCUCGGGCCCUGAGGGAUUCCAGUAGCUUCGACCUGGCGUCACGAUACUCUACGCACGAGCACACGACAUGCUCGAUGUCCUGAUAACCGUCGCCACAGGUGCAGAGCCCGUUCUCCACGAUCCCGAUACACCGGAGAUGUGCGUUGAAUGUAUAGUGAUUUGACAUGAGCCGUGACAUAACGCGAAUGAAAUCACGACUCAUGUUCAUCCCCUUGAACCAAGGUUUCGUCGAUACCUUAGGGAUAAUGGAGUGUAGCCAUCGUCCCAGUUCGUCAUUCGUCCAUGAAGUUUGCCAACUUUCGAGAGUUUUCUGACGAGAAAUACUGAAAAAUUCAUUGAAGCAGAUUGGUCUUUCAUAAAUAUCACCUUCCAAUGCGCCCACUUUAGCCAAUAAGUCUGCCUUUUCAUUGCCCGGAAUGGAACAAUGCGAAGGGACCCAGACUAACGAUAUUAAAUAAGACCGUUCAGAUAAAGUUCUCAAAUGUUCCCGUAUUUUCCCCAGGAAAUAUGGGGGAUACUUUCCUGGCUUCAUUGCCCGGAGAGCUUCUAUUGAACUUAGACUGUCCGUGACAAUGAAGUAAUGGUCUUUGGGCAUGGUUUCAAUGAUCUCGAGGGUGUACUGAAUAGCAGCUAAUUCUGCGACGUAGACUGAAGCCGGAUCACUGAGUUUGUACGAAGCGGUGAUGUUCUGAUUGAAGAUUCCGAAGCCUGUGGACCUGUUGAUGUUUGAUCCGUCAGUGUAAAACAUCUUUUCACAGUUGACUGUUCUGAAUUUAUUAUAAAAAAUAUUUGGGGCCACUUGAGGGCGUACGUGAUCCGGGAUUCCACGAAUUUCUUCUCUCAUGGAUGUGUCGAAAAACACAGUAGAAUCAGAAGUAUCCAAGGAAUGAGCACGGUUGAAAACAAACGAAGAAGGAUUAAUAUUCUGAGCCAUGUAAUCAAAAUACAAGGACAUAAAACGGGUCUGAGAAUUAAGCUCGAUAAGCCUUUCGAAGUUUUCAAUCACCAUUGGAUUCAAGAUAUCGCAUCGGAUUAGCAAUCGAUAUGAGAGAUCCCAGAAUCGAUUUUUCAACGGUAGGACGCCCGCGAGCACUUCGAGACUCAUCGUAUGAGUCGACUGCAUGCAACCUAAGGCAAUACGCAAACAACGAUACUGAAUUCUUUCCAGCUUGAUGAAAUGAGUGUUCGCCACUGAUCGGAAGCAGAAGCAUCCGUAUUCCAUCACGGACAAUAUCGUUGUUUGAUACAACCUGAUCAGGUCUCCUGGGUGGGCACCCCACCAUGAUCCGGUUAUUGUACGAAGAAAGUUGAUUCUCUGCUGGCAUUUUUGUUUCAGAUACCUAAUGUGACAUCCCCAGGUGCCUUUGGAGUCGAACCAGACCCCGAGAUAUUUAAAUGUGAAGGCCUGAGCUAUGGUUUCACCCCCUAGUUGAAGCUGUAAUUGUGCUGGUUCUCGCUUCCUCGAAAAUACAACCAGCUCAGUUUUCUCCGUAGAGAACUCGAUACCCAUUUGAAGAGCCCAUGAUGAUAAGUUGUCGAGAGUAUCUUGUAAUGGUCCUUGGAGAUCGGCAGCUUUGGGUCCUAUAAUAGACACAACGCUGUCGUCGGCAAGUUGUCUUAGCGUGCAAGAUGUGUUGAUACAUUCAUCGAUAUUACUUACGUAAAAAUUGUAUAAAAGGGGGCUUAAGCAUGAGCCCUGAGGAAGACCCAUGUAGCUGAAUCGUAUUGUCGACAAAUCACCAUGCGCAAAGUACAUGUGUUUCUCAGACAAUAGAUUAUGUAAAAAGUUGUUCAAAACUGGCGAAAGACCAUGCUGGUGCAACUUCUCAGAUAGGAUAUUUAUAGAAACUGAGUCAAAAGCCCCCUUAAUGUCUAGGAAAACUGACGCCAUUUGUUCUUUACGAGCAAAUGCCAUUUGAAUUUCUGUUGAGAGCAACGCAAGACAAUCGUUCGUUCCUUUGCCCCUGCGGAAACCAAAUUGUGUAUCUGAAAGUAAACCAUUAGUUUCGACCCAAUUGUCUAGACGAAACAGAAUCAUUUUUUCGAACAAUUUCCGGAUACAGGAAAGCAUAGCAAUCGGCCGAUACGAAUUGUGAUCGGAGGCUGGUUUCCCUGGUUUUUGGAUGGCGAUAACUCUGACUUGUCUCCAGUCGGGUGGGACAAUAUUACCCGUGAGGAACUUGUUGAAUAAAUUCAGCAAGCGCCUUUUGGCGGGGUCAGGCAGAUUUUUCAACAAGUUGAAUUUUAUUCUGUCUAAUCCCGGGGCUUUAUUGUUACAUGACAAAAGUGCAAGUGAAAGCUCUACCAUCGAAAACGGUGAUUCGUUUGUAUUUGGUGUCGCGGCGCGGGUGAUCUUCUGUUCCGGAACAGAGUCUGGGCAUACUUUUUUAGCGAAAUCGAAUAUCCAGCGGUUGGAAUAUUCCUCGCUUUCAUUCGUGGUGUUAUGGUUGCGCAUUCGUCGGGCUGUGUUCCAAAGAGUGCUCAUAGAUGUUUCUUUCGUUAAGCCGUCUAUAAACCGACGCCAGUAACCGCGUUUCUUGGCUCUAAUCAAGUUCUUAGUUUUAACGUCUAACGCCGCGUAAUUCCGGUAAUUAUCAGGUGUUCCAUUUUUUCUGAAUUUUUUAUACGCGGAGGCUCUCUCCGCGUUUAAAUUUGUGCACUCUUUGUCCCACCACGGGUUGGGAGGACGGAUGUUAGUUUUUGCGCCGGGUACACGUUUCGUCUGAGCUUGAAUCGCAGUAUCGAGAAUCAAGCCAGCCAAAAACGUGUACUCUUCCUCCGGAGGAAGUUGUAGAGUUCUUUCAAGUUUCUCAGAUAUCGAGGUCGCAUAGCUAUUCCAAUCAAUAUUUCGUGUGAGGUCAUACGAAACAUUGAUUGUCUUCGAUGGUUUUAAGCCGCUGGUGAUUGAUAUUACGAUCGGUAGAUGAUCACUACCGUGGGGAUCAGGAAUUACCUCCCACGUGCAAUCCAACCGUAGCGAUGUCGAGCAAAGGGAUAAAUCCAGCGCACUUGGUCUUGCUGGUGGUGCAGGAAUCCGUGUCAUUUCUCCCGUAUUCAAGAUUGUCAUAUUGAAGUUGUCGCAAAUAUCAUGGAUCAUAGCUGAUCUGUUAUCGUCGUGAAGACAGCCCCAUCCCGUACCGUGUGAGUUAAAGUCUCCUAAAACCAACGUCGGUGCGGGAAGGAGCUCUAUGAUAUUACUGAGCCGCCGAUGCCCAACCAAGGCUCUAGGGGGAAUGUAGAUGGAAGCAAUACAAAGGUCCUUACCUUUGAUUGUAACAUGACAUGCGACAACUUCAAUACCUGGUAUCGAGGGGAGGUUAAUUCGAUAAAAAGAAUAGCACUUUUUGAUCCUUAAAAGUACUCCUCCAUAGGGAACAUCUCGAUCCAGGCGAAUAAUGUUAAAAUCGUGGAAGUUUAAGGAUAUUUCAGAAGUUAGCCAAGUUUCGCACAAUGCAAAUGCGUCAAAUUUCAGAUUAUUUACUAGAAAUUUAAAAGAAUCUAUUUUUGGGAUGAUACUUCUGCAAUUCCACUGUAAAACAGUGAUUAGAUCCGUGACCUCGGUGGAUGAUUUAGCCAUCGAAGGAUACAAUCGCUGAGAGAAGGGGCCAAUUUGCAGUCAACUGCUUCAAAUAUGUUUUUACUGUUGGCAUGAAAGCAAUUAAAAUGCUUCUAAGCGGGUCUGAAAUAUUGAAAGUUGUAAAAAUCCAGUCCACAACAUCAGAGAACUUGAUAAGUCCAACACCUAGUUGGUUCUCUGGUAGAUUUUCUGGGACGCUUGGGGAUUUUGUAGUCCCGGGAAGUCGUGGGAAUUCCAUCUCGGAAUUGAGUUUUCCGAGACCAGGAGCUUUUUGCUUCGGUGUUGUGUCCCGAUUCCCGUUAGCUGUAACUUUUCGAAGCCCUUAGGAAGACACCUUCGAACCCUUACUAGGUAGCUUAUGAGAGGAUUUAUUUAUUCUUUUCCUACAGCUAUGAGGGACCGCCGAAGAUGGACCUUCCAAAGGGUCGUCAGAAUCGCUCUCGUCAGUUGACAAGCAGGCAUAUGGGUUCGUUGUCUGUUUAGGAGGGGUGGCACUUUUAAGCAUCUCUGCGAAAGAACGCUUGGAGUGCUCCUUUAGGGAACGCUUCAUUCGAUCACCUCGCAGUUUGUAAGCGGGACAAUCAGAGAGGUCAUGCGGACCCUCCUUACAGUAGAGACACUUUUCAGCAUCCUUACCGCAAGAGCCGUCAGCAUGAGCUUCCCCACAGUUAGCACAACGUGGCUUAUUGCUGCAAUGGGUAGCUGUAUGCCCCAGUUGUUUGCAAUUAGUACAGUUCAUUACUCGGGGUACGAAUAGGCGAACAGGCAAACGAACCCGGUCCAAGAGGAUGUAGUUGGGCAAAGCAGAACCGGCGAAGGUCACACGAUAAGAGUCUGAUUGGGGAUAGGACUUUGUUCCAUCCCCGGCGAUCGAUACUGAAUGCAAUCGCUUGCAAUCCAGUAUCUUGACAUUCUUAAGUGAGGGGUCUUUAAAACAACCCGCCCCGUACUUAAGAACGUCCUCGCAAGUCAAACUCGAAUCGGUGACCACACCGUCGAUUUCGACUUCACGAGCUGGCACGUAGACGCGGUACUCUCGCGUAAAAGGAUCAUUUUGAACGAGCUCAUUAGCCUGUUUUGAACUGGUAAACAGGACUCUGAGCUUGUCUGGACGUAUCUUAUCAAAACUUUUUAUAGUAUUGUAUCGCGAGGACAGGUCCCGCGAUAUUUUUAAAAUAUUUAAUUUUUUUCUCUUUCGAUUUGGUCCGGAAAUAGACCGCAUAAGGACCGGCCGGUAGUGCGAGCCCAUCCGGAUAGCUCUUUAUGCGAGACUUUUUAUAGUCAAGGGAAGUCUCCAUUUGAUCAUCGGGAACGGGGGGGUCAGAAUUUACACUAGACAUGUUGCGGAGCUACCUCCGCACAGAAAUAAGUGAAUCGGGGAGAAAUAGGACAGUCGAAUGCAGGAAGGAAAAAAAAACUAAAUAAUGAUACUUAACUUAAAUCCAACGGGGGCCACCAAGGCCUAGCCCUCGUCGAUCGGCGUAUCGCCGCUGCGAUGGUGUGCAAAAAACCUCCGAGAGGAAAAAGCACACUCUUUUUUAAUCCGCACAGUGAUAUCACGUACACCGCUGGGCCUGUUUUGAUCGAUCGAACAAUCACCGGCUAACGGUACUGUUUCGAUCGUCCGCUCACAACAAUACACUGCUUCAGUAUAUAAUGUGCAUAAAACCUCUCACAGGAAAAAGCACUAUUGUCUAUUACACAAUAGCAAUCUAGUUUUGAUCGUCCGGUCACUUUAUCACACACGGCACUGGUUUUCAACGCUUUCGCAGUAAACACAAAGCACGUCCGUUCACUCGGAAGGUUGAAACGGCAAUGACUCCAGACUGUUGUCAAACGUGUAUCGAAAGAUUUACGAACGUUAUGGACGUUAUACCAAAGAUAAACUCAAGACGGAGUAGUCUGCGAUUUCUUAUGUAAAAUUUCAAUAGGACCCCUCGAUGAGCUCGGUUCACUGUCAGUUUCAGUCUUUUGAACAGAGAUGCCAGAUCUGCAGAUUUGUCUGUAAAUCUGCAGAUUUCGCGCAUAGUGCUGCAGACAUUUUUUGUUGUGCAGACUUUUGAAAAUCAAGUUUUUCGCAGACUUUCGUCAAAAUUUACAGACUUUUGAAAUUGUCGUGACCUUUUUUCAGUCAGUUUAGCGUAUCAUACUUUAUAGAGAAAUUGCUGCCAACAAGACUAACUGCAGAUUUUUUUUCGGAUAUACAGGCUUUUACAACCCUGUCUGAAGAUAUUUGAAAUUUUUACCUGGCAUCUCUGCUUUUGAAGCAAAACAACAAAUGAACGAUAUUGAACAAUUUUGGCUUGUAUCCAAUGAUUAUUACAAUAAGAAAGUAGAAACUUCUUAGAACCAUGUCCUAGAACUUAUUUAGUUUGUUAUUGCCUCAUUCCAUGAAGCAUUAAAGUCAGUUGUGGCAAGAAAUCAUUAUGAGCUGAAUGUAAACAAAUGUUUGAUUCCUUCCUAACUUGUAUCGUUUCCAUGGCGUUUUGUCGGAACUAGUCGACGCUUAUUAACGGAGGGUCAAUAAAAUUACAUUAUUACUGACCCAAUAUUUUUCAAUGAAUCGUAUGGGACAUUGUAAUCUUGAGUUUAUCUUUUAUUAUUCUCUUCUUUCGCUGUCAACUUCGAUCUAAAAGCUUGGAGUAUAAAAAAUUGAAUUUACACAAUGAACAGACGUUCAUCAGGCUGCAAAAUAUUUCAUGUGUUGACGAUGUAUGUUAGAUAGAGGUGUCUAGAUUUUGUCGUGAACAAGCCUUAGAGCAAAUUUAGCAGCUAGAAGUUCUAUAUGGAAGAUCUAUAAUAGAACAGAAACUGGAACAAACGUAUCCCCAGCAAGCCGUUCUAGUUUUAUUUAUUCGACAAGUUCUUCUGUUAAAUUUAAAACUGGUCUACGAUGCCGUUCUAUUUUUUGUAUAUUUGAAACACGAGUAAAACACUGCUGGGGCAGCCAGUUUUUCUUGUUAUAAAAUCCAGAUUUAAAUUUUGUAACUGACAUUAAUUAUGCAUCUAGAACUAAAACACUCCUGAACAUGCCCUUAUGUUUAUGGGUUUUAUUUUUACAAAAAAUACUAAAGCCCACUGAAUAGGUCUAGCUGCCUUGAAUUAUCCAUUCGAAUGUUAGUGUUCACUUGUGGGCGGUACGAAUUACUGUGGAAAUCACUGAUUUAAGCAGCAGUACUCUUACUCAAACAAAAAGAGACCGCCAACAUUGUGUUUGUUUGCGAUACUUCUCUUAUAAACUUUGGAUCCCAACACAAAAUUUGUGUACAUCGAAGGAGCCAUUGACAUUGGAAGUGUCACGCAUCAAUUCCGCUGUUUAAUUGAGAAGGUAUGUCAAAUACAGUAACGACUACAAAAUAAACCGAGUGCGUUUCCUAAUUCAGAAGAAACACGAUUUCCAGCAGCCCUCAGCAGAUCUUGACAAGUUGACAUCCUACCGAAGUUAUAAUGAGCAAAAACAUCAUUUUCCUAGCAACGCUCAUCGCCGUGAAGAAAAUAUCAGCUUUCAUUUGACCUAAUUAAAACUUUCCAAGGAGACUCCCACAAAACACUGCUCCUGUUGCAGCCACUAUAAUUGCUGGUCGUCAUUAUGCCGGAACACGUUCCUAGAAAAUUAGGUGUCCUUCGGAGCAGUUUACACAGUGAUUAUUUCGCUGUUGUGGCGUAUGCUAAUUCUAAUAGACUUCCGUCGAGAGGCUAUCUUUGCUGGUGCAAUUGCCAGCACAAAGGAGGAGGUUAGCAACGUGAAUCAACAAGCCAGUCAUUGGCACGAAAUAUGCUUAUAAUCAAUUAUGCACUGAAUACUAAAUAUAAUGCGAAUAAGCAUCGAAUGGUAUUGCAUCGGUCUCGCGAUAUUGGCAAUUAAUUGCGUAAUUUUCAUCAGCCCGCUCUAAUUAGUGUUGCAGCAUAUGCAGAGGCUUAUACCGUUUUCGUUUUUGAACCUAGACGCGGGCGACUCUGACUCCGAGUAAAACGAAUACGUGGUACGCACCCUAAACAACUCAUGAAAAAAAGAAAAAAUUAACAAAUUUGCAUGGAUGCGUGGUGCGACCCGAGAAAAUUUUCAGAGCGAAACUACGCGAUUGGAGUCCGAUCUAGAGCGACCGCAGGUUGCUAAAACAAACAUAUCAAACGUUGUUUGGGCGACGAAAACGGUAUUACAUUGCUCAUCCAUUAAAGCAGGAUGCGCAAACCAACAAAAAAAGUUUGUUUCAUUGAAACUCUACAACUGAAAAUUCGGAUUUUCGUCAAAAGAGUUUUUCGGGGUAAAAAUAAAAAUGGCACACAUAUUCGCCCUUAUUCUGAAUAACAACGUUAUUCAGAAUAAGGGACAUUACCUCACAAAACUCGAACCAAUUUUCGGAUUUUCUGGAAAUUUUCAGGGAAUGAAAAACUACUAACGAGCUACGGUUUACACAAUGUUUCCCAUCCCGAAUGCUCGCUCCUUCCUUACGACUCCGUCCAUUGAAUUUGGCCCAGCUUUGUUCAAAUCGUUUAGGAAUAUUUACAAAGAUUCGUCUUCAACACAGCUCCGAAUUUGAUGAUGUUCCGGUAAAUUUGGUUGGUUCACAUCUUUUGGCACAAAACCCACCGUUGGCUCGUUACCAUUCCAACGCAUUUCAAGCGUAGGGAUAGGAUGCUAGAUCAGGUUAGAACAGAGUUAAUCCUUUAUGCUCACUUAUGAAUGGCAUAAGUGAUUAAGGGAUCGCUUAUCUCAUUACAUUCGCAAAUCGCCUGCCAGAUCAGGGUCUUAUUUCCAAAUUUAGUUUGUACGCUAAUUUCAUGUUUUAAGUCGAAGUCGGUCUUGACUUAUUCGUCCUCAUCCAUCAGGAUGUAACACGAUUUGGUGAGUAACUUCGUAUAACUUGGGGUGUUCGCAGUGAUGUUUUGCUUUUCAAUCUGAUUCGAGGCUUUUGGCACCUUGUAAACAUGUAACCAAGCUCGCUUCAUUGCUUGUUUUUUUGCAGAAAACCGACCUUGGGAUUUUUAGAGUGAUUUUGAAUUGACAUGUUUGAAUGAUUCUUUCCCCGGUCCUUUUACUGCCCGGGCACUCAGACGCCCGAAUCUCAUAAUUGAAUGAUCUCAUCACCCGAGAUAUUGUUAUUUUUCCAAUUCCUAUCUUUUCGCCGAUCCAUCUGUGGGACGUUUCUGGCUUUUGAUUUUAUUUUCAUGAAUCCGAAUCCUGAAAUCGUGUUAAAAUCGUAAUUGUAAUAGAUUUAAAAUAAAGACAAGUGAAACAUGAUAUCGUUAACGCUCCUACAAUUGUACUUCUUGAAUAAAGAUUGAUUUAUGAACCUCAGAACGGAUUACCAUUAUCCAUUUAUUACGUGAAAAAGAAAGAAUAUAUAAUGCGGCUACGCCACAUCUUUUAGGUUCAUGUGUUGUCCGACCUCGCUACCGCUAGUUCGGAUCUAACUAAAGCAAAGAAACCUAGCUUUGAGUAGACUGGCCAAACGAGGCGGUUACAGGUUUGUAUGCAAGAGGCCGCCGCUUCCGCUUUGUGCCGCCGAGCGAUCUUGGUUUCGGCCACAUCAGUUAUACAAGAGCCAUAACAUACAGGAGACAUGACGUUGUCGGCGAAAUGACCCUUUCGGCGAAAUGGCAUUCGGCGAAACGACUUUCGGCGAAAUGACCCGCUCCCGUUUCGAACACCGUCAGCUAUAAUUUUUAUAAAGCUGAUUAUGAUAGCAUGAAUAAUUUUCUUUUUACUAUUAAUUGGACUGAAGUUCUUAACAAUGACAAUGUCAAUGCUGCAGUACGGACUUUUUCUAACAUUAUGACCUAUGUUAUCGAUCGCUUUGUGGCUAAGCGAUCCAGUUGGAAAUCAACCAAACCAAAUUGGCAAUCCACCGAAGUAAGACGUCUAAAAACAGUAAAAAGGGCAGCAUUGAAGCAAUACUCUAAGCAUGGAGGAUUUGUCUUACGGCAAAAUUAUGUGCAGAUAAUCCAAACGUACAAGAGGGCCGUGAAGCGUUGCCACGAUAAUUUUUUGCGGAACGUACAACGUAAACUAAAAUCGGACCCCAAAAAAUUCUGGAGCUAUGUCAACGAACCGAAAGCUAGGAAUGAAUCUGAGCUACCUUCGUCAAUGCGUUACGGAGAAUUCACAGGUUCAAGUCCGCAGGAGAUUUGUCAGUUUGCUAGUGUUUUUUUUUUCUGAUGAAAAAUUGUUACCACACCAAGUAUCCCUUGCGGUGCAAAAUUCGCCAUUUCUAUAUCAGUCCUUAAAUGCGAUCAAUUUGGACGAAAACAUUGUUCUGUUGGCAAUCAGUAAAACAAAGUCUAGCACCUCUUUGGGACCAGAUGUUAUACCGGCGAUUGUUCUGCGAAAAUGCUCUGCUAGUUUAACAGCGCCUCUUAAGUCUUUGUUCCUCAAAUCGCUAACUGCCGGAAUAUUUCCCGAUCUGUGGUAGUCCUCUUUUACGUUUCCAGUUCAUAAAAAAAGGAAUAAAAAACUUGUUGACAACUACCGUGGGAUUGCAUUUCUAGGCGCCAUUCCAAAGCUCGUUGCAAAUGUCCAAAAUUACUCUAUUUUGAUUGCUAUUGACUCACCAAUUUAAUAAACAUCGAAUUUGCAAAUGUCAAAACAUUUUCAUUUUAUCUUAUUGCGUCACCCUACGCUCACUGGAAAUGUACAAAACUACCAUACUCUGCUAAGCUACCCAAACACUAAAAAGUCCAGCCGCAGCUGACAAAGUUCGGUUCAUACGAAGCAACAGCUUAUAGUACUCGAAUCGGAUGUUCAUGAACAUACUAAUAUGCAAAAGCUCAUGUAAAACUGCUAGGGGAAGAGGGGCAAAGCGGGUACAUUUUGGUUUUAUGAUUAUUUUCACCAUUCAAAUGAAAUUUUUAUUGCGUAUUACGAUUUGCAUUGUCUAAUAACCCGACUUAAAACUAUUUUGAUCUAAAAUAUUCGUUACGUUAAGUAAUUGUUCAGAACGAUCUACAAAAAAAACGUUUUUCCCCGCUUGGCCCCAUGUAGGGAACCAAAUAUUUAUGAAUAUUUGGAAAACAAAUAUUCCGUCAACAAUUGAUGUUUAGGAAAUCACUCAUUUCAUUUUUACAAAAACUUCGAAAAUUACAUCGAGUAGAAAAUUAACUUUUACAUACGAUUCUGUUGAAAAAUAAAUUAUCAAAAAACAAUUACAAAGUAAAUAAAAUUCUUUUUUGCUCUUCGAAUUUGUAUCCGUAUGAUUUACCUGAGUUUGCACCAAUUCGGGCAUAGCAAGGUUAUUUGUUUAUUUGGAGCAGGGAAAAGCCCGGUGGAGUUAGUUUCUGUCAAACUUGCUCUCCAGCAGGCAUAGAACCUCCUCAUCUUUUGCAUUAACAGAUUACAAGCUUCCAAGUGAUACAUUUCACUUAAACAUUGUAUUUCUACACUAACUAAAACUAAAACUAAUUAGAUAGUAACCCUAGGAAUAAUUUCUUGACAACGUUUCGUGAUAGAUUAAAGUCGAAAGAGUUGGAACAGUGGUUGAAUGUUCGGCACAUGCUGGCAAAAGGCUUGUUAUACCCAUAAUUAGUUCUAGCGUAGGGGAUCCUAAGAAAAAAAUAGUUUCUAAGAUUACGGCGAUGGAUAUCAAUUGGUAAAUGCUGUAAGAGCUCGGAGUAGUCUAUUCUUGAUUGGAGGAGAUCAGCCACAAAAGUAGCCAUGCCGGUAUCGCGACUGACAGAUAACAAAUCGAGGUCAAUCAGUUUGCAUCUGGCAUGGUAACUUGGAAGGUUCCAAGGGUUUCUCCAAGGAAGCCGACCCAGAGCAAAUCGAACAAAUUUCCGUAGAAUUGCUUCAAUGCGUUGGAUAUCGGUGACCAGACAACCGAGGCGUAUUCGAGCGUAAAGCGAACUAAGGCACAAUAUUAUGCUUUCAAGCAACGUACAUCAUCGAAUUCUUUAGUAACGCGGAAAAUGAAUCCUAGCAGCUUGGAGGCUUUGGAGGUAGUAAACUCAAUGUGUUCCUCGAAAUUUAACUUAGAGUCCAGGAGGACACCACAGACGAUGUACAUUCCAGAACAAUUUGUGAAAUAUUAUAGUCGAAACUGAUUACAGACUGUUUGCGACUAGGAGAGAUGACGGAACAUUAGGAGGCGUUCAAAACCAUUCUGUUGAUAUUACACCAGUUAGUCAAAUUAUUCCACUGCUCUUGUAGGAACUCUGCGUCAGAUUUGAUUGACAUGAAAUAAUUUGAUGACAUGAAAUAAUUUGAAGUCAUCGGCGAACGAUAGUUUCAUGCAAUUGAUCGAAAAAUUUAGAUCGUUGAGAUAAAGUAAAAAUAUAAACGGUCCAAGGUGACUUCCUUGAGGAACUGCAGAGGUAACAGCGAAUGGUAAAGUUGUACAGUCUCCUAUUUUCACUAUCAUUUCGCGACCAGUAAGAUAUGAGUGAAGCCAAUUCAGAAAUAACCUGUUAAAUCCUAGUCUAUUUAACUUUGAGAUUUUUAUGUGAUGAUUGAUUUUGUCGAACGCAGCGGAGAAAUCGGUGUAGAUAGAAUCUACUUGUAGUCGUGAUUGUAACGAACGUAUGAUAAAGGAAGUAUAGGAUACUAAAUUUGUAGACGUCGAAUGAUUCGGCAUGAAACCAUGUUGAGUCUCAGAUAUAUAGUUAGAGCAAUUAUGUGUUAUAAAAUCCAGAGCUAUAAUUUCAAGCAGCUUAGUUACAGCGCACAAAGCUGCUAUUCCGCGGUAGUUGGAUACUGUACACUUGUUUCCUUUUUUAUGAAAUGGAAACACAUGGAUUUCUUCCAUAUUUCAAGAAAAGUUCCAGAACAUAAGGAGUAGUUGAAUAUAAUGUAUAGUGGAACUAAUAGACUGCCAGAGCAGUUUUUUAUUACUACAGAUGGGAUUCCUUGAUUAGUUAGAUGUUCAUCAGAGAAAACACUACUAAAAUGUUUGCGAAACAAAUCGCAAAUUUCAAGCGUGGUAGAUGCUUCAAUGCCGUCAAGUCUCAUUGAGGUCGGUAAUUCUGAUUCUUUCCUCUGUUCGUUACCGUAGUUUACAAAAGUGUUUCGGGUUGACUUUAGGAUUUUUUUGGAUGCGAUGUUGAAACGCGCAAAAAAGCGAUUUGUUCAGGCGUUUUUUGUAAUUAUUCAGAUGAACAUAAUGUGAUCUAAGAAGUAAUGAAGGUCGUUUAGCGAAUUUUUUCAGCACUGAUCGUUCGGCAGUUUUGUAACGUUUUAAAGUGGGAUUCGACCAAGGAGGAUGAACAGAGUUACGAUAUGUUUUUUUUAUAACGACCCACCGAAACAAAAAACUAGUGUCUUAAAUAUAAUACUUCUACAAAAAAAUUGGCGAGAAUGCAUAGAAAAGUUCGAGGGUGUUUCAAAAUGAAAUUCCAUUUCAAGAAAACCCCGCUUUGCUCCUGUAAUCUUAGUUCCUUUAAUUUCGUCGAGUGUUAUAGUAUUUGAUUCCAUUUUUUUUUGUAUGAACACUGUUUCAAAUUAAACUACGUGAAAAGCUGAAACAAUAUUCCAUACAUUCAAACUUAUAAUUGUGUGUGUGCCACACUGUCUGGCAGCGGUUUAUAGAAAAAAAAGUGUUCCCAUGUGAUUUGUUUAUGCAUGCACUCAGGGAGGUGUUGACUCAAUCGAAUUCCAAUGACCCAUUUCGUAUACAGAGCAAACCGUUUUCCCAGGUCACCGUUUCAUCGACCAGCCCCGCCUAAAUCAAGAGUUUGCGUCAAAUGGAUUCAAAUAGUACAGAAAGACUUUCAAUCCUUUGCAAUUGGCAAGCAAUCGACGCGAAUUUAGUUUAUGUUCUUCAAUUUUGUAUGAAUAAUUAACAUUUUUCAAGCUCACCAAUACUCAAUGUUUAUUUUCUUACUUGCACACUUUUGAAUAUUUUUUCUAUAAACGCUUCUGCAUAAAACACAUAUAAUUAUUAUUUAUACACAAAAAGAUAUUCUUACGUCUAAAUUUUUUUUAUGCGUCAAAUUAUGUGGGGAUGAUUUGCAAAAUGCUAAUUUUUGAGUUGCAAGAAAUGCUGUAAACGGUUUUCAUGAAAACAAGUUGACAAUUUAAAGUCACAUUAAUGGUUUAAAAACCCUUCAGCAAUUGAAAUUUUCAUUAAUUUCAAAUAAAUUAUUACAUACAAACCAAUUCGCACCCCCUCUCAUUCUGUUACUAACGCAGAAAGCGAAAGCGCCCAGUCGACGCCGUUCUAUUGACCAAAUGUCUUCAUAGACACACGGGGAGGCAUGAGAUAGGAACUUGUGAGCACUUAGUUAUCUCACCUUUUGACAACCUUUUCGAAUGGCAUGUCAUCAAAAUCCGCACAGUGCACCAACUAUUAUAUGCAACGCUCGGCAACAACUGCUUAAAUUUUGCGUUCAAUCAACCGAAUCGAAUCUGCUACCGUUUCUUUCCUCGCAAUGCUGGCUCAGCAUGAAAUUUCACAGGUAAUUGAAUGAAACCACCCGCCGGAAGUCUUUGCUCUGGACAAAAAAAAAACAAUGAACCGAAAACCAAUCACGAUUUCCCACGAUUCCCACGAACUGUUUCUUAUCCCUCCGGGGCCGGUGAGUCACGGCUCGUUAAUUUCAAUCUAAAUUUCUUUUUCACCACUCGUCGAAAACGGGUAGCACAGGCAACGAAUACUACAACGGCACCAGAAACAACAACGCAAAACGUACUGAUAGCAAUGAGGAUUGGGAAACGAUAUUCGAAAAAAAAAGGACGAAACUAAACCAAACUCCAAUUUGUACGUUGUUAGAUAAAUAACUUUCGUUUAUUGAGAUAAUUGAAAAUCAAGAAUGCACCAACAAUUGAAUAUAUGAAUAAGUAUUACCUCGUUA